AUCUAGUACUGUUUGUUUUUAUCUGAUUUUAUUUACUUACUUAUGUUAUCAUUAUUUAUUUUGAUAUACACAUGUAUACAUAAUUUGUUUAUUCUUUCUGUGGGUAUUCAUAAGGUAGAUCUUUUUAAUAUAGACCCCAUUUUUAACUUUAUUUACUUUUUCCCAAGUCCCACAUUCUCUUUAUUUCUAAACUAUAACACUAUUUCAUGUAUUUUUCCAUUUAAAUUAUAUUUCUUUUGCCAAUGAGUCUAUGCACUACAUUUCCCAUCACCCAUGCGGUUCUGGUCACGUGACCCGCGGGUAUUGGUGCUGUGUGAUGCCGCGGGUCACGUGACACAGCUCGAUCCCGCCCUGCCGUCCGUGCGUGCCGCUCUGUUCUACACUGGCCGCACGGACUGUAUACACAUCAAUAAAAUACAUGCGGUCACGUGGCCCGGCGCACUACAGAUCCCAGAGUGCAUCGCGGGUCACGUGACACGCACGGAUAUUGUAUUUUAACUUGCUUUUGUUUUAUAUUAAAAAACCCUCGUUUUUAAUUGAUAUUUAUAUAUAUACCAUCCUAUGUUUUAAUAUAACAAUACUGUAUAUUAUUUCUUAUUUCUGUUUAUGUAUUCUUCAUUUACAUUUUGUUCAGUUUUGAUUGGUGAUCGUUUUUUUGGCGCCAAUUUUUGAAUGUAUGUUAAAGCUAUAUAUACUCUUUAUGUGCCAGGUACUAACACUAUUCCAAUUUGAUAAAGCCUCUACGGCGAAACGCGUUAUUGGUUUUAAUAUAUUGUAUUGAUAAAUUAUUUUAUAUAUAUUACCUUUUUAUACUAUUUUAUCCUUAUCCACUGUUCCUGGCAUAUCCUAAGGUGGGGAUCAUACCACCCACGCGAUAUAUAGAGUGCAGAAAAGCCUGCACUCUACUUGUGAGUAUAUUUUAUUCAUUUUAUAUUUUUUAUACUAACCACCUCACCAGAGAGCACUAUUGGCUGUUUUUAUCUCUUUUCCUGAGAAUUGGACAUCAGCACUCCCCAGGAGGACAAGUACCCCCAUAAGCGGAGGGCAAUCUGCUGUAUGCCCAUCACACUUGAGCUGGUCCUAGCUCAUGGACAUGUGAGUGUGUAAUUUAUAUUUUAACUUCACCAUUUCUUAUUUAUACACUCUGCACGAUUAGCUCUUUCCCAUUGUGUCUUUCAUAUCGUGAGAUGGACAACUGUUAACAAAGAAGAUACCACAUCAAGUUGAGAUACCACCAAAAACUGGAACUCUCUUACAGAACAUUUUUUAUUUUGGACUGAAAUUUUAUUUAUUUAUUUAUUUAUUUUUAAUUUUAUUUAUCCCUCUUGGCGCAGCCUUUUUUCUCUGUUUUCUUGUAUUUUCUUGAGUGAGUUGAAAGUUAUUUUGGAUGAAAUUUUGGGAAUGGGAUUAACUAUAUGAGAUGAAUAUAAUCUCAUGUACUAUAGGUUAUGUUUAUCAAAUAUCCAUGGUCAUGUAAAGUCUCCUUGGUCAUUUUAGUGGAUCUUUGAUAAACAUUUUAUUGCUUAUCAAAGAUCCACUAAAAUGACCAAGGAGACCUAUAGUCUCAAUCAGGAUUAACCUUACCCAUAAUGUAAAUGAUUAUAUGGAUCAGGUGUUGAAAAGAUUUGUUGAAACUUUAUCCUCACAUUUAUGAGUUCCAUGAGGUUAUAUCUUAUGCGGUAUGGAUGUGGAGUCCUUAUAUAGCUUGAUAUCUCAUGAUAUAGGUAUGACACAUACUGGUGGUGUUUUCUUAAAAAUAGAAGUCUAGAUUUUGAUCAACAUACAUUUGUUUCCUGAGAUUGUUGAUUUCAUCCUCUGAAAGAAUUUCUUUUUUAAUAUUAAAAUUUACCAACAGAAUAAAGGAACUACAAUGGGCACAUCUUGUGCCCCAUCCUACACCAACUUACAUUUAGGUUGGUGGGAGGAACAUAUUGUGAUUUCUGAGCACUACCAUCAACUGGAUGGGAAGUGACGGAGCAGCUUUCCUAAACUGAUCAGUACGAGAGAGAAAAAUCUGCAGUAGAUGAGCUGUGAAUUAAUAUUUUCUAUAGAUUGAAGAUAAGUCAAAUACUUUUUAAGAUGCCAAAAUUAAGGUUUCAGCAAUCAGUACAUGAGAAAAUGAAAAUGGCUAAAUUCAACCAAUAUUUUGAGGAGAUGCCCCUCAGAACCAGGUGAAAGAUUAUAUGUAACAACAUAAAGAGAGGCCUAAGUUAUAUAGUUAACUAGGCUGAAAUGAAACAUUUGCCCAUCAAGCUAGGGGUGAAUCCAAAACCUAAUCUCAGGAGGGGGCACUGGUAGAUUUUUUUUUUUUUAAAGGAACAAUACAGUCACAAUAACCUCUACCGCCCUCUGUAGUAGUUAUGGUGCCAGAAGUGCUGUGGUGCCCUUCCAGAGUAAGUAGUCAAACUAUUUAAGAACAUUUUACAACUACCUGUGAUAGGGCCUGAAGUAGGGGAUAGGGGCAGUAGUGGGGGGUUAGGAGCUGUAGUUUAGUGAGGGGUACAAUGUGUACAUUUAAGGGAUGCAGUGUAUGUGUGUUAGGGGUGCAAUGUGUGUGUGAGGGAUGCAGUGUGUGUGUGUGAGGGACGCAGUGUGUGUGUGUGUGUGUGUGGUGUGCAGUGUGUGUGAGGGAUGAGUGUGUGAUUGUGAGGAGUGUAGUAUGCUAUUGUGAGGGGUGCAGUGUGUGUGUGUGAAUGAGUGCAGUGUGUGUAGGGUGCAAUGUGUGUGUGUGAUUGUGAGUGGUGCAGUGUGUGUGUGAUUGUGAGUGUUGCAGUGUGUGUUAGGUGCAGUGUGUGUGAUUGUGAGGGGUACAGUGUCUGUGAUUGUGAGUGGUGAAGUUUGUGUUUGGUGCAAUGUGUGUUUGGUGCAGUGUAUGUGAUUGUGAGGGUUAUAGUGUGUGGGGGUGCAGUGUGUGUGAUUGUGAGGGGUUGCAAUGUGUGUGAUUGUGAAGGGUACCAUCUGUGAUUGUGAGGGGUGCAAUGUGUAUGUGAGGGGUGUAGUGUGUGUAAGGUGUAGUGUGUGAGUUGGAGGGGUGCAGUGUGUGUGAUUGUGAGGGGUUCAAUGUGUGUGAUGGUUGUAGUGUGUAAGGUACAGUGUGAGUGGGAGGGACACAGUGUGUGUGAUUGUGAGUGGUGCAGUGUGUAUGAUUGUGAGGGUUACAGUGUUUGAGGGUGCAGUGUGUGUGUGUAAUUGUGAGGGGUACAUUGUGUUUGAUUGUGAGGUGCAGUGUGUAGUUGUUGUGAGAGGUGCAGUGUGUGAGGGGUUCAGUGUGUGUAUGUGAUUGUGAAGGAUACCAAGUGUAAUUGUGAGGGGUGCCAUGUGUAAUUGCGAGGAGUGCAGUGUGUGAUUGGGAGGGGUGUGGUGUGCGUGAUUGUAAGAGUUACAGUGUUUAGGGGGUGCAGUGUGUAUGUGAUUGUGAGGGUUACAGUGUGUGUGAUUGUGAGGGGUACAGCGUGUGUGUGUGAUUGUAAGGGUUAUAGUGAGUGUGAUUGGGAGGGUUACAGUGUGUGUGAUUGUGAGGGGUGCAGAAUGUGUUAUUGUGAGGGGUGCAGGGUGUUAUUGUGAGGGGUGCAGUGUGUUAUUGUGAGGGGUGCAGUGUGUGUGAGGGAGCAGUGUGUAAGGGGUGCAGUGUGUGUGUGUGUGAUUGUGAGGGAUGCCGUGUGUGGGGGGUGCAGUGUGUCUGUGAUUGUGAGGGGCACAAUAUGUGUGAUUGUGAGGGGUACAGUGUAUCUAGUGUGAGAGAGACUUUGCAGGCUAAGAUAGGGGUCUGAGAUGGGAGCAGCAGCUUUUUAAGUUAAUUUCUUAAUUUAUUUUAUUUUAAUAUUUUUCAAGUGUCCCCCCUCCCUGUUUCUUACUUGCAUCCAGGGAGGGAGGACGCAUGUUCCCUGGUGGUACGGUGGCACUUAAUUCCCUGGUGGUUGUGCUUUAAGUUGUGCUUGCUGUCACGGGUGGAGGUAUGGAAACUAGGACCCCUGAGUGCCUGAUGAUGUUGGGAGUCUCAGCGUGGAAAUAGACCAUCAGGGCCUGGUGCAGGGUAACCACAUGCCCCGUGGUGUUGAGCACCAGCGUUUGUGCAGCCACAUACCAGGGCCUUGAUGCAGCUACUGCGGAUCCCAAGAGCUUGGAGCUUAAUAUGCAGACCUCCCAGGAACUGGAUAGGGGGGCUCUGCAGCAGACAUGUAUCCAGUACAGAAACAAGGCAAGACUAGGACAGGCACCUGACUAGGAGAACCCAGAACCAGAGCAGGACAGAAAGCAGAACCCAGAACAUGUACACAAGACAUGAGGAAAACAUGAACAGGACAGGACUGUACAUGAACUGGGAAUACAAGACAAAAUAAAACAAGACAAGAGAUACAAGGCAAAACAAGAGGAGACAUAACUAAGUACUAUAUAUGUAAAACAUUGGAGAUUUAGACAUACAUAAAUGGCCAAGAUGUAUGCAGCCCACUAACUGCGUCAAAGUCCUCCAAUUAAGGUGGUUCCUAUCUACCUAGAUAAGCAUGACUAAAUAAACAAUAAUAAAACACAUACAGCAUUUACCUGCAAGAAAAGGGCAGAGGACUUGUAGCAACUGCCUGUAGGAAACAACUGAAGCAAAAGGGUUCAUGGAAAAGGAGCAGGUGUGGCAACAUAAAACAAACAUUUAAAGGAAUCCAAGAGACUGGGAAUUCCAGGAACGGAAUAAAGGAAUGAACCCAGAAAACCCAGCAUAAAGAAAACCAGACAUGGAAUAGAAAACCAGAAAAAAAAGAAAAACUAAGAAUUAUAAAAAGAGUACUGGAUACCAGAAGCCAAGGCCAGACAACUCAGCAGAACAGGACAGGAUGUGACACUUGCUUAGUUAGGAUAUAGCAAUGUUAUUAAUUGUAUUAGAGUGUCUGGUUUGUUGUUUGUAAAGGGUAGAAUUUGAUUAGCGGUUACAUGUCAGGGUAGAAUUUGAUUAGAGGUUACAUGUCAGAAAGCUUUUGCACAGUUAGGAAAAGACUGUAAAAAGGCAGUUUUUUGAGGUGAGAUUUAAGGGUGAGAGUUUAGAAGAGAAUAGAUAAAUCUAAUUAUGAUUUAUAUUCAGGUGAUACUGGAAACUAAAAGAUAAAUGUUUGACAAAGAGAAGAUCACAUGGCUGAGGAAUAAUAAAAAAAAAAUCUGCUGUUUAAUAUACUAAGCCUCAUACUUCUUCAAGUAGUGUUUUCUUAAUAUGAAUUGACAUUACCUAGCCAUUGGUUCUUCUUAGCAUAUAGAAAACAGUUAAUACUUUUGAUAUCUCAUAAUUUUCACUUAAUUUCAGAAAUUGUCAGACCAACAUUUUAUUGUUGUUUUGCAAGUAUUAUUAGUAAUCUUGGUAGUAGACUCCUGAAUUAAUUUUUUCGAUCGGCAGGUCAUCUGAAAACUCUGGAGUUUCAUGUGGACUUCUAAACAAACAAUCAAACAAUGACACAUACAAUGGACAAGCAUAUUUGUUUGAUUCCUGAUCCAGAGUUCUGUCCAUGGCACCAAAAAAGAAAAGGGAAAAAAAGGUGAUUAAUGAUUAAGGGACAAGCACUAAAUGUUAUUUUUUUUCACAGAUCAAGUGAGAAUUGAUCAAUAGAGGGAAUAAAGAAGGGACAGGAAACAUUUAUAUUUGUAUAUAGGUAAGCAAUAUAUAUGUACAGUAUAUAAAUAUAGAUUUGUAUUACUGCUCAACCUCUUUUUCCCUUUAUUGGUGCCUUUCUCACUUGAUCUGCACACCAAAUGAUGGGAAAUACACUAUUUUGCAGUAUACUUAAUGGCCCAAUUUUGCAGACUUUCUCAUGUGAAUCCUUUUCCAGAAUAUUUUGCAUAGUCUAUAGUGUGAAAAUCUAAAAUCCCACUUGAAUUGGACUAACUUUAAUUUUCUGAACAAGUUAUUUGAUCAAACCAAAUGUUCUGCCAUGCACAAGUCUAGUUGUUAAUCUUAUUGGCCACUGUCGCUUUGGGAGUUUUCUAAACUCAAGCAUAUUGGUGGAUUCCAACUUUUCCUCACAUUUUUGACACGAUGUUAGGGUCAUUAUUUUACAAGUGCUCCUGAGAUAGUGGCUAGAGGCUAUACAGUGAUUGAUAUAGUGAUUGAUAUUAACCAAUUAUUGGAUGAUAUGAUAUGAUAGUAUCUAAAAUUAGGUUAAUCAGUAAGGAAGAGUAUUUUUUUUUUGUAAAUAUAUUCUUUAUUAGAGUAUUAAUUGUUUUUCACAAUAAGACAUCACAUAAAUUAGACAAAAGACACAAUAACAAAGCGUGUAUAUAGAUAAGACAUAAAAUUCUUAUAUCGGCGGUGUUUUACAAAGUUAAGAACGUAAAAAGUAGGUACGGACCAAUGGUUCAGCGGGAAUCAAAAAGCACACUUUUUCAAAGCUUAUUCCCUUAGAAUUUUAUAAAGCGAUUCCCAAUCCUAAGUCUUGAGAUAGUUUAUAAAGAGAGUACUAUAUCUUGAUCAGUUGUCCUGGAAUGCUGUAUACCAGGAAUACAAAACAAAUUGAAGAUGCUAUUUAAUGAAGGUCUCAAUCCAGGGGAGCCACAUUUUAUCAAAAACUAAGCUUUCACACAAUUGACAAUAAAUGCCACUUUCCAUUUUAUAUUGAUAUUUAAGUUGUAAAAGGACUUGAGACCAACUUGGGACAAUUUGUUGAAACCAAUGCCUUGAUAUGAAUACUUUUAUGGCCAUAAGGAGUUGUAUUAUUAGAUAUCUUGUUGUUAAUGAAAACCUGGAAAUAUUGAAAUGAAACAGAGCUGUUGUAAAAUCAAGAUCCCAAUCCUCCAUAACCAAACAGGAAAUUUAUUUUAUCACCACAGUCCAUAGAGGUCUAGUCUGUGAACAAUCCCACCAAAUAUGCUUAGAACUACCCUUUGCACGGUGACAUCUCCAAUAUAACUUUGAAUUAUUAGAGUUAAUUUUAUUUGAAGGACCACUGUAGGCACCCAGACCACUUCAGCUCAAUGAAGUGGUCUGUGUGCCAGGUCCAUCUAGAAUUAACCCUUUCUGCUGUAACAUGUUUUCCUAUGGGUUAAUUCAGCCUCUAGUGGCUGUAUCAUUGACAGCCGCUAGAGGUGCUUCCCACUGUGAUUUUCACAGUGAGAAGACGCCAGCAUCCAUAGGAAAGCAUUGAGAAUGCUUUUCUAUGGCCUGGCUGAAUGUGCGCGCGGUAUGUGUUUAACCCCUUCCUCACCCUAAAGCCUGGCGGGAGGUGGAGGAGGGAGGUGGGGGGGGACCUAGAGACCCUAUAGUGCCAGGAAAAUGACUAUGUUUUCCUGGCACUAUAGUGAUCCUCUUUAAGAUAUUAGGAAUCAAAUGCCAUUGAUGCAUAAUCUUAUAGUGGAAUUCAAUUAAUUGAUUUUUUCAUUUCUCGUAUAGAUUUAAACCACAUAUCAGGCUGUGUGAUGUAUCCAAUUUCUUUAUCCCAACUUUUCCAUGCUCUAGGCUUAACAUCCAUCUCCUCUCGUAACAAUAUGCUAUUGAUCGAAAUUUAGUUUCGUUUUAAAAUAAAUCAUUAAUUAUUUUACUUAAUAUACUUUUCUCAUCUAUUAUCAAGUGUGAUGCCUGAUAGUUUUUUAGUCUUAAGCAAGUGAAGUCUCUUUUGGACAGAGGGUAAAAUAUUGUUGUAAUUGUGGGAAAGAUUUUAUGGUAUUUCCAUCUAAAAUAGCUAUUUUUUUGAUUGAGGCAGAUCUUCACCAAUACUUCCACUUAAGAGCUCCAACGUUUUGUUUAAUUGUCGUAAUUGGACUAUAUUUAGAGAUCUUAUCCUGAAAUGUAUUUUUUUUUUAUCGUUCAUCCAAUUGGAAUAUAAUUCUAUUAAAUGUGGGGUUCAAUUUUCAUAACAAAGCUAUUCCCAGCUUUGUUAUUUAGUCAGAUUACGUCAGCAAGAUCUUAUUUAUUACAUAUAAAUGUUUCAAUUUUUUACCAGGGAUCUUCUCUAGAACUUGGGUCCUGCCAUCUCUGCAAAUGAUAUAUUCUACUAGCUUUAUAGUAGUUUAUGAUUUUAGGAACCUCGAGACCCCCCCUUAUCUGCUCUCUUCAUUUUGUGGGAAACUGCAAUUCACAGUCUCUUUUGCCCCCAAAUAUAACUCAGGAGAAGGCUAUGUAUUUGUUUAAUUUUCCAUUAUGGUAUAAUUCUAAAAAUAUAUUACCACUUUGGUAAGAGAUACGGUUUAAUUAUAUUAAUUCUACCUAGCCAUGAGAUACCUAUAUGCUUCCAUGUAUUUAAUAAUUUAUGACUUGUCUCUUUAUAAAGCAUAUAAAAAUUUCUGUCCACUACAUCGUUCAUUUUUGAAGAAAUAUGGAUACCUAAGUAUAUAAAUCCUUGCGGUGUCCAUUUAAAGGGGUAUUUAGUUGAUGAGUACAAGAUCAUAUUGUAUUCUAGAUUGAUUUUCAUGAUUUGAGAUAGUUUAUAUUUAAUUUAUAAUUUGAAAUUAAACUGUAUUUUCUUACCUCCAAAAGCAAUGCCUCCAAGGAUAACUCUGGCUCUGUCACGGUUAAAAUGAUGUCAUCCGCAUACAUACUAGUUUUAUAAUUCGAGAUUAUCUAUUUUAACACCUUUAAUUUGAGGAUUAGAUCUUAUUUUUUCAGCAAGGGGUUCCAAGGUCAAAAUAUAUAAGAGAGGGGCAAGGGGACAUCCCUGCCUAAUUCCAUUUAUUAUUGUAAACCAGUUUGCGGAGAUGCCAGGACCCACUGCUCUAGCCCUAGAUUCAGUAUAGAUCACCAUUAUAGCAGUCUUUAUUUGACCCCUAAAUCCAAAUUUGUCGAUUCAUGAAUCCCCAGCUGAUCCUGUCAAACGCCUUUUCGGCAUCAAGCGACAGGAUCAGCUGGGGAGUCUUAUCCCUAGUGGCCCAGUCUAAUAUGUCUAUCAACCUGUGAGUGUUAUUAAUUGAUGCCUCCCCCCCCCCAACAAAUCCUAUUUGAUCUUGAUGUAUAAGGAAGGGUAUUAUUAACUUUAGUCUAUUAGCAAUUAUUAAUGAAUAUAUUUUCAUAUCAGUAUUUAUUAAUGAUUUGGGUCUCUAACUAGCAGGAUUUGUUAGGUCUUUAUCAUUCUUCAAUAUUGGUGAAAUAAAGGCUUGUAAGAGUUAUUAUGGUGGGGCUCCCUGCUGACCUAUCUCUUUAAAUAAUACCACUAAAUGUUCUAUUAGAUCAUUUUUUAUUUUCUUAAAAAAUACAUUUGUAUAGCCAUCGGAACCUGGGGCCUUGUUCAACUUGAGUUUAUUAAUUGUAUUUUCCACCUCCUGAGCCACAAAUGGUAAAUUUAAUUCCCACAAUUGUUCUUCUGUUAGUUCAGGUAACUGAGUUUUUUCAAGGUAUUUUACUAUUUCUAACUCUCUGGACUCCAAUGGGAGAUUGUGUAACUUGGAGAAGAAUUUAUUAAACACUUCUCCAAUUGAGAUUGGGCGUCUGUGACUAUGUCCAUCUAAUAUUAUUUGUUCUAUUCUGUUUUUUUAAUCAAUUAAUUAGCAUUUUAUCAGUUCUAUUUCCCUUAUACCAUUUUUGGUUUUAUUUAUAUAAAGCAUAAUUGACUUUCUGCAUUAGGAUGGCAUUAAUUUUAUUUGUUAUUUCUGAGAUUUCUAUAUUCUUUUCUUUUGUGGGAGAAAUUUUAUUUAGAUUGUUUAAAUUAUAUAAUUUGAUAUGUAGCUGAUUUAAUGAUUGGCCUUGUUUUUUUUUUUUUCUUUUCUGACCCCAGCUUAAUAAGGUGUCCUCGAAGGCACACUAUACAGCUGAAUGUGGUAUAGCUUGCGUAAGGUUUUCUUCAAAAUAUAGAUUAAUAGUUUUGGAUAAGUAUUCAGUCUUCUUUGCUAGUUAGCAAACCCUCAUUUAAUCUGCAGGACGAAAUAACUCCAUUGUCUUUACGUAGCCCAAUAUCUAAAAUAACAGUUGAGUGGUCUUUCUAUGUAUUGUCUGAACUGAGGUACAAGCUUGAAUAUUUUGUUUCAAGUAAUCAAAUCUCGAAUAUGACAGGUGGGGUCUAGAAUAGAAUGUAAAAUUAUUUUCUUCUGGAUGUUUUACCAUCCAGAUGUCAUAUAAUUCAAAAUUAGAUAUGAUAUUCUGUAAAUCUGAUAAUAAAGGACUGUACUUGUUACAUUUCCUCAAAGUCUUUUUAUCUAAUUUUGCAUUUAUCACACGAGUCAAAUCUCCACCUAUUAGGAAAGUUCCCUGAACCUUAUCUUCAAACUUGGUUAGUAUUUUAUUAAUAAAUCUUUGAGGGUUUAGAUUUGGAGCAUAUAAGAAUAAAAAAAACCUUCCCUUGUAAUUCACAUUUCAAAAAUACAUAUCUACUCUUCUUAUCUUAGGCAAUUAUUAUUGGAAAGUGGUAUGUCUUUAUUAUCAGACUCCCCACUUUCCAAUGUGUCUCUUGUAUAAAUCCCACUGAUACUUUAUUUAUUUUUUCAUAUAGUCUACCAACAGAUGGCAUUUAUGUGGUGUGUUUAACCUCUUAACAUUUAGUGUUGCAAAUCUCAGUUUAUUAUCCAUAUUCCUGUACUCCAAAUAUCCAUAUCUCUUCAAUGCUAAACCAGUGGCCGCCCAUACCGCCCAACAUAAAAACAAUUAACAAACAACAAGCCUCAUUGGAAUUAUAAGUCACACAAUCUGGAGAGGAACUGGCCACACCACUUCAUUAUGGACAAUACGUCCCCAGAUUAGUGUCCUACCCCACCACCCUGGUUGGACACUACUUUGCGCUCAACUUAUAAGAGCGAAAUAAAAACAGGGUGAACAAAUAUCAUAGUUAUAACUGUGACUAGAUGGACUGAGACAUAUUUUUUUUUAUAAGAUUAGGUAUUCUCAAAUUAGAUUGUAUGUUAAUCAUCCCAAAGUAGCUACCUUGGAGAGAAAUUUCAUUUAUCUAAAUUCUUAACAAAUAGGAAAUAAAAUUUGUCAGUUCUAAAGUUAUUGUGAGAUUUAAACAACUAGUCGUUAAUUUAGUUUUCAGUUACUUCAAUAUAAUUGCCUAUGGAGGACAUGCGGCAGGAGUUCUUAGUGAGAUAUAGAACUAUUAAUAAAAUACACAUCCUUUUUCCUUUCUUUUUUUCCCCUUUUAUUCCCUUUCCUUUUUUUUUCUUCUUUUAUGUCCACUAUGUUACAUCGGUAGACUAUAUAACUUACAACGAUAUUUAUAAAUCUGUUCAGUACUUUGUCAUUGUCCAACUCUAUGCCUUCCUGAACCAUCCUUUAUUGAAUACUUAUUCCAAACUUAAGUCCUAAAUAUUUACAUUGUUAUUUUUUAUAAAUCUGUUGUUUAAAUUUGUUUAGCGUACUGUUAUCCAUCAUUCUGUUGCCUCUAAUUGUAUGGCCUUUUACAGUGUUGUAGUACCUUCUAUCUUACACCAAUACAGUAUAUUACAUAACCAUUGCAUAACUAUUACAUUACACAACCAUAACCAUUAUUUUCCUUUGUCUUAUGGUUUCGAACCAUUUAUUGUGCAAUAGCGUAUUUAAUAGGUAAUAAAAUAAGAGAAACAUUUAACUUUAUCAUUAGACUUGCAUGAAACAAUAUUAUUCGAUCAAAUAAAUUAAACGUCACUUAAUUUUUUUAUCUCAAGCCAAGUGGUGACCUUUUGACUGGAAUAAAAGAUUAAAGUUGAAUUUUCAUACUAUAUUAGAAAUUUAGUUGGGAAUCCCCAUCUAUACUCGAUGUUAUUAUUUCUCAAGACCUUUGUAGCAUGAGUAAAGAAUUUUCAUGCCAAUCUAGUGGCCCUCGAAAGAUCUGGAAAACAUUUUAAAUGUUUGUAUUUUGAUGGUAAAGUGUUCAUAUCUCUGAAAGUCAUUAUGAACUUUUUUUUAUUUUAUAUGAAUAAAAUCUGAUAAUUACGUCCCUUAAAUUUGAUUCAGGUACUCCCUUUGGCUUUUGCAGUCUACGAAUACGUUCAAAAAUAAUUUCCUUCUUUUGACCAUAUGGGUCAAUUAUCUUGUACAAUUUGGUGAAAUAUUCUUCUAAUUCUUGCGGUUGACACUCCUCUGAUACCCGUCUUAUACAAUGAUUGAUUCUUCUUUGUCUGUCUUCUAAGUCUUGGAUGUUAGUUUCAUAUAAUUUGAUUUUCAUAUGCAGACUUUUCUCUUCUGCUGUAUUCAAUUUAGUUUGGAGGUUUGUGAGUUGUUUUUCAUUAUUUUCAAUUUUUUGUUCCAGUCAUAUUACUUCUGCUGUGAUUACUUUGGUGUUUCUAUCAAUGUCUUUUUAUAUUUGAGAAAAUGUUGAUCUAGGUACUUUUUUUUUUUUUUUUUUUUUAACAGUCCAUUGUGGUUACUUGAGACUCUGAGUCGCUUGAGGAAUCCAGUAGAGUUUUAGAAUUCUCCAUUUCGCUGCUUACUAUAGAUGUUUCUGUAAAAUUUGUGAUGAAUCCAGCGGAAAAUACUUUGUAGUUACAGGAGAAAAAAAUUCAAGCCAUUUUUUUUUUUACUUUUUCUCUCUUUCUUUCUGGUUGCUUUCUUCCUUCUUCUUCUUCCCAACAUGCAUUGCAUCUUUUUUACACGGGAGUCAUGUGACUCGCAAUUUAAGCUUUUCUAAGCCCUCACACCUCAUUUUUAAGUUAGUUUAACCGUUUAGACCCUCUGUAAUGUCACUAUUAUUGUAAAACUUUUUAUUUUCAUUUAUGUAAAAUUUAAUGUAUGACUCCUUUCUAUUGGCUACUAACUAGAUGACGUUUUUGGUGCCAAUUUAUAACUUUCUAUGCACCUAUAUAUACUCUUAUCAGCCAGGAUUGUUAAUCUUAUUCCAUUUUGAAAAAGCCUCAGUGGCGAAAUGCGCAAAUGGUUUUAAUAUUUGUGUAUCUAUAUAAUUAAAGAUUUUAUGGUCACUAUUUGUGCCAACUAUCUUUUUAUACACAUUUUUUAUCUUUACCUGGCUUUUUACCAAUUUUAUUGCGUGCUUACAAGACUAUCCGUGGUGGGGAUCAUACCACCAAUGCUGUCAUCAGAGUGCAGUUGGCCUGCACUACACUUGUUAGUAAAUUUUUAUUUCUCUUACAACUCCAUACCCUGUUAUAACAGAGUGCACUAUCAGCUGUCUUUAUAUAUCCCUUUCCUGAGAGCUGGACACCAUUCACUCCAGAAGACAAUCACCUAUAUAUCCCAUGAGCGGGGAUCAUACCGCUGUAAGCCUGUUAUACCUGAGCUGGCUAUGGCUCUUCUAAAUGUGAGUUUAAUAAAUAUAUAUAUAUAUAUAUGUAUAUAUAUAUAUAUAUUCAUAUUCUCACAUAUAUUGACCCACUCAGUCUAUAGGAUCGGUCUCUUAUUUGUGUCUUCCAUAUCACGAGAAUAAUCAAACUUCUAUGAACAGUGAGGACACCCCAUCACCAAAAGCACCUUAAAAGACACUUGUCGCUAGAGUGCAACUUCAGAUUAUCUUGGACUGAUUUAUAUGCACUUACUUUUUAUAUAUAUGCUCUAUCUAUAUACUUGUUUUUAUUUCCUAUAGUCUACACUGAUACAUUUUGGCGUAGCCUUGCACUACUGUUGUUGUUGUUUUCUACUCUUCUGCUAGAGGGUUAGAGGGUUACCCUCUGCCAGGCCGCUGCCUACCUAUUCCUUAUUAUUAUUAUUAUUAGCGCUGACCUCUUAACUUUUCACUUCUUCUUCUGUGCCUUUUCAGUUUUGCGUUCAUCUUUUUUAGUAGUCAUUACUUAAUUUUAGUUGGGAGAGACCAAAAUAAAAAAAUAAAAUAAAAAUAAAAAUAUAUAUUUUCCUUCUUUUGUGGUAUCUGCUUGAUUAUUUCUUUUUUGUUGCCCUUCUCCCAAUAUUAUUUUCUGAUUUUGGGUUAAGAUGGAACUGGCAGAGAGUAGGCAUUCGGGUAUAUGAACCCCUUAGUGGGUUAACUUACAGAGCUUCAAAUUAUUAUUUUUUUUUUAUAUUUUCAGGGUAAAAUUCCACUUGAUGAGAUUAGAAUUUUAUGGGGGAAAAAGGGUCCCAAUGAAUUUCCAGAUAACUAUCUGGAUGUCAGUAUAAUCUGACUGUUUAGUCACGUUGAUCAAAUUUGUAAUAUUUAGUUUUUACUGUUUGCAAUGCUCUAUGCCCCCUUAGAAUACAGCUGUAUAUCUUCAACAGGUUAUUAACAGAUUAUUACCGGUUAUUAUAGGAUAGUUUGUUUAGUACUAGCAAAUAAAUAAACAUAAUGAAAAGUAUAUAAAAAAAAAAAAACAACUUUGUUUAACUUCAUUUAACUCACAGUUUCCCUGUCAGUUGCAGCUUGACUCAGCUCAAAGCCACCAGCCGUCCGUCAGCUUGGAUUUCCGCCUGUUUUUUCCAAGGUAAGUAUCACAAAAUGUAGCAAUGCCCCUCCGAAUAUCGGUUUGGUGUUCCAACCUCCCGUCACAGCGAGGCUCAAUCUGGGAGCCACAGAAACCCCUUUCGGUACUUCUUGGGAUACUCUUUCUCUCUCUGUUCUGCCAUUCUGAUGAGAGGCUUCCCGCCUCAAGGGACAGGAUGCCUCUGCUCCACACUACCCACACUGUUUGCUGAAUACCUACUCUGCUCUGCUCACAGAUGUUCCUUCUCUCCUCCUUUGUUUGGUACUCCGCAGGUCGAGGUCGUACACACUGCGUUCACGAGCUAUCGCUCACCCAUCACUCCACGUCCUACAUCACUUCCAUAUUACCCUUUUUUUUUCUUUGAUACAGCAGGAAAAGUAUUCUGGUUGGGACUGAAUCCAGUGUGAAAGGUUGUAGUAAUAUGGAAUUGUAUAAAACAAAAAAUAGUUAAUUUUUUGAUAUGUAUGAAAUAUCGCCAUGUUGUGUUUUUGGAAAAUUAAAAUGCAUUUAAAAUAUACCAGUAUAUUUUAGCACUUAAGAAUUUUGCUUACAAUAUUAGUUUAUAGCUGCCCUCGGCUGUUCAUAUAUUAUAUAAAAUGAAUCACCAGUCUUUUAAACAUCCACAGUGAAUAAAGGUUAUUCACAAAAUGAUUCUUGUUUCAAAAUUGUUUUAUUGACUUAUCAACAAAAAAUUAUAAUAUACUGAACAAAAAAAGAAUCAAUAUCAAUAUCCAGCAUGCCCACCCCACUAGACCACCUUGUACAAAGGCAACUAGCUCAAAUAGCUAAGACACAACAUAUGGGGAACCUCUAAUAUAGAAAAUUGGAGACAUACUCCACAUAAUAAUCAUAAUAAAUAUAUCAUAAUAAUAAUAAUAAUUCACAGGGCUUUGUUUGUAUUUCAUUUUUGGUUACUCUCUUUUCUCUUUCUCUUUUCUUACACCAUGGUCCUAAGACACCAUAAUGCUCAGUUUUGUUUACAUGUUAUGAUCCCAAUGCAUAAUGUACAUUAUUGUUGGCCCAAAUAGAUUUCCUGCUAUAGAUUGUACUCAAAAUGCAUGUAAUAAUGUGUACUGUUAUUUCCUAUAAUGUUAACACUUUAUGUUGUAUGCACAUCCAUAUUGUGUGAAAAUUAAAACCACCUUAAAUAAAGAUUUAGAAAAAAAAGAAUGAAUGCAUACACAUAAAGAUAUAAAGAAAUACCACAAAUAAUAAUAAUAACAUUGUUUAAAAAGAGGGAGGUGAAUUAUUGUAGAAAAUGUAAGAAUUCAAUUUAAAACUGGCAUUUGAUAAAUUGUAGACUAUUAUCUUGUUUUGUCAAAACAUUUGUACAAAUGUAAUAUUAAGAUCUUACUUAUAAUUUCUAUAUUAACACUCUAUACACAAUGCCAUGCAUUAUUCAGUUUUAUGAGGUUUAAUGUGUCAGUCAACAAUUACUAGUCAAACACAAAAAAAAUAAAUGAUGGUGGUAAAAGUCUAUUACUAGUUAAUAAAAAUGCAUUCACAUAUAUAUUUUUAAUUACAAUAGUGAUUGUAAACUGAAAGGUUGACUGAAUAUUUUAAUCUGCUGCUCACAAUGUAGUAUUAGCAUAAUUAACAUCGUUGGUCUACUCUUCCAUUAUCCUCUAUUUGGUCCUCUCACUGAGCUAACUGACUAUUAAUUUUCAAAGCAUGUUAUCAGGGAAGAAUACUGAUAGCCUAAUGCACACUUCACCAGCUCCCGUAUGCCACGGAGAGAGCUUUGUGUUUAUUUUCAUUUGCCUUACUUUGAAUAUUAUGUUUCAUUCUAGAUCUGGCACAUUUGGGAUGCCCACUGAUACGAUCUAUCCUCUGGCUUCUACAAUAAUUGAUCAUAGCAGGAAUACUGUUUAGAAAGCACACUGGGAUGCCAGGUCACUGUGCAACAUAAAUACUGUCACAGAGUAAUUGACAGCAAAUCUAGAUUUCUGUGCUCUGUGGGAUAUGGAAGUUAAGUCUUUGACUCGGUCAUUCCUGUAACCUUGUGCUACAAUUAAUAAUAUUUUCUCACACAUCUUUGAAUCACAGUGAUAGAGAGUAGGUAGCUUUUUAUCUAUCACAUUUUCAGCUGUUACAACUCUUCCUUUGAGGUACUGACUGAGCUGCUUGGCCCUGUUGUACCGUAAGCUUGACACGUUUUCUGCAUUAAGUUAUUUUACAACAAGAAUAUACUUGCUAUUUAUCUAAAAUAAUAAUAAAAAGGAAAAUUAUAGGUAACAUUUGCUAAAUGUCAAAAGAUCAGUAAGUCUAAUAAUUAUAUAGUUAGAAAUGAAUCAUUAACUGAUUAGGUUAAUCAGAAAAAAACAACAAUUAUUCUAAUUCAUUUAUUACAACUAAUAAAUAUAUUUAAUUUCUUUUUUUAUGUUCUCCAUAUAAUAUGUAAUCCCUUACAAGUUUAUUUUGUAUAGUUUCUAUCCUUAUUUAGAAUCUAAGUUUUAAAGGGUAAGGAUCUGGCAUCCAACUUUAUCCAUGAACAUUGCACUCUUUAUUAUGAUAUUUGUAUCAUUAUCUUACUUAUUAGACCUUUCCUUAACUGUAAUUUAAGCCGUUAAUGCUAAGUACAAAUCUUACUGCUCCAAAAACAAAAUAUAUGAAAAAGUCAUUUAUUUAAGGUUUAUUCAGAUUUUUAAUGUUCCUUCAACACAUUAAUGUCCAUUCCAUUCUGCAAUAGUGGACUUUACUGUCCACUAAAAUGACAUCUAAUCUGAGCAGGGUCCCUAUUCAGACCCAGCAGAUACAGAUCAUUGCUACACUCUGAAAGCAGUGCCAAGCUGACUGAUCGGAUGUGACAACAGCUAAAAGUGAAUGCACACUGUCUCAUCACAUUAAAGGACCACUAUAGGCACCCAGACCACUUCAGCUAAAUGAAGUGGUCUGGGUGCCAGGUCCAGAUAGGAUUAACCUUUUUUUUCUGUAAUCAUAGCAGUUUCAGAGAAACUGCUAUGUUUACCUAUGGGUUAAUCCAGCCUCUAGUGGCUGUCUCAUUGACAGCUGCUAGAGGCCUUCUGCGCUUCUCAGCGUGAUUUUCACAGUGAGAAGACGCUUGCGUCCAUAGGAAAGCAUUGAGAAUGCUUUCCUAUGGACUGGCUGAAUGCGUGCACGGCUCUUGCCGUGCAUACGCAUUCAGCCGAAGAGGAGGAGAGGAGGCGGAGAGGAGGCGGAGAGGAGGCGGAGAGGAGGAGGAGAGCUCCCCGCCCAGCACUGGAGAAAGAGGUAUGUUUAACCCCUUCCUCCCCCCAGAGCCCGGCGGGAGGGGGACCCAGAGGGUGGGGGGACCCUGAGGGUGGGGGCACCCUGAGGGCACUAUAGUGCCAGGAAAACGAGUAUGUUUUCCUGGAACUAUAGUGGUCCUUUAAAAGACAUGGCCACUUCUGAAUAGAUAUAUAUAUAUUUAGUUUUAAUAUAAGCUCCAAUUAAUAAUAUUACCAGUUCAGGGGGGUCUAGUUCACAUAAUUUACAGAAGAUUUACUGCUGCUGUCUGCUUCUAAGUAACCUUAUGCUCAUUAGCUUCAAGCUUGUUGCCUAAUAAUCCCAAAGAAGCCUUCUUUCAUUCUCAUCUUGAUCCUCCAUUUCUUUAGAUCAUCAUAAGCCUGCUCUAUAAUAGUUUAAACUUCCCCUAAUCUGAUCAUCUCACUAUCUAAUUUUUCCUCAACCAACCGCAUUCCCACUUUCCAAGUAAUUAUUUAUAAUGCUGACAUGAUACUUUUCUUUUACGUUUUUUCCAACCCGUUCAUUAAUAGCGUUAAUAAUGAAAAAAGGGUACAUUUGCUAUUUGUUUUAAGAUAAACUUUAUGCUGAGAGCAGACUUUAUAGAUUUCAUGGUGAAACGCGCUGUCCAUUGUGUUUAACGGUUAAGGUUAUGAUUUUCCAAAUUGGUCGUGCACCUACUGCAUUCCUUCUGUGGGAAAGUGUUCUCUUUAAUUACUAAUUAAAACUUGGUCAUAAAAAACUAUUAUAGUUUAUAUAUGUACUUUGAUUUCACUUUAUACACUGUGAAUUUUGCAAGAUGUAUUGUACUUUUUAAUAACAACUUUAUGUUCAUUGCACCUUUGUUAGCUUUGAAUGUCUAAAUGUAUUUGUAUCUUUAUACCCUAACACCCCAACUAAGAAAAUGUUUGGAAUUAAAUAAAUAAAAAUAUAUAUCGCCAAACUUUCUCACUCAACCAUAAGGUUGCAAGGCAGAGACUGGUCUUGAAGGAAGUUCCAAGUCGUACACUAUUAAGUUUAUCCAACGGGUGUGACAGAGAGGUGAGAAGACUAUCCAGUUGAGUCAAACAGUAAUAGCUAUAUGAGAAAACAGGAACAAAGAGGACAAAUACAGGAAUAGUAGUUGAGCAGAUAGGAGACAGGACAUGUAGGAAUACCGAAAAUCACAUGGUUAGAUACAGUUGAGCUUCGACGAUGCAAUGUGUGAACUGCAAGGUGUUGAAUGGAUAGCCAGGCUCAUUAAUCAAGCUCCGCAGGAUUGGGAAAAGUCUGUUUAAAUUGGGAUUUAGUUAAAAGAGCAGUGACAUAUAAAUAAAGUAAUAAGGGUACCUGACAGAAAGUCAGAAAACUUUAUCUACUGGUUACUGACUCUGGUUGUAUUUAUUUUAUUUCACAUAAUUGUAUAAUGGUAAUAUUAGUAUAAUUUCUAUGCAUUUGUAUUGAUAUGAAUAAGUAUUGAUUUUUACACUUGCAUUACAAACAUUGCUACUAUCCAAACUUACAAUUUAUUUUGGAGUUGUUUGCCAGUUACAUUUUUUUUAUUAUUAUUUAAAAAAGGAGAUUUUUUUUUCUAAAGAAUACUGCUACAUUUCAAAGUAAAGCCAGAGCACAGCAAAACCUUUUAAUACAGAUUUUGAACAAUAUGCCUAAAGGAAAUUUAAAUCUAACAUGGUUGUUCCCAAACCAUGGUAUUAACUACAUAUAUAAUAAGAUAAUAUACAUGAGUCAUAACAACAAUUUCAUUGUGUCAAUAAUAUGCUUGGGGCCAACUAUACUUUUGUGACAAAAAAAGCAAUAAAACCAAAAUGAAUUUAACAAUAAUAAACCUACUCUGCUGUUUUGGAUGAAUAAAUCUGAGAAUUUAAUAUAUCAAUCAUAAUGGGAGCAAAACAACAUUAAAUUAAAUCGAACUGUUAAUUUGCACUAUGCAUGUAUUUGAGUUCAAAAUACGAUUCACAUACAUAAGGUCUUGCAAGUCAUAACUCUUUGUCUGGUGCUAAAAUGUGAACAGAAAAGGCUUGUAAGGCCAUCUAGAGGUCAUAUUCCAAAAUGCAGUUUUUACAUAUUUUUUUUUUUUUAGGAUUAGGCAAGAAAAGCUAUUUUUUACCUACUUCUGCAAUUUCAUUUGCAAUCCUCUUUACAAUAGUCUGUAAAUAUUAUUUAUGUCUGAAAUCUUUUGUUAAUUUACAUGACAAUUCACUGUUUCUUGAAUUUGCACACAUUUUCUUUAGUCUUUGAAACUGUCCUUUUGAGAAUAUUUGUGAGCCAAGAGCUAAAUUGCCUACUGCAGAAAUGGAUAUAUCUAAAUCAUCUGUGCAUAAAUCAAAUAUAUAGUGAUCAAGCAGGGUGAUAGAUGGGGUGACAGAUGGGGUGACAUGGUUAUUGUGAAUUGGCAGGACUAAUUGGAAAAACACCAUAACCCAUAUUAAUCCAUUUUUAAAUAAAUUACCGAAAUUACAGACAUUUUACUAGUGAAGAUUACAAAUAUCCAAAUAAUGUAUAUUUAAAAAUUCCAUAUUUUGUGUAAUAUGUAUUUUCCAAAAAUAUAUAGAUAUAAAUAAACCCCAAGAAGACCAAUAGUUUAUAAGAUUGAUUUGAUUUCAGCAAAUUUGAUUCAAUAUUGUAUACAAUCAACAGGAAAAUGAGAAAAGGCUUAUAUAAAUGUCACAAUGAAACAGCACCCUAUAUCUUAUAUCACAGUGCUUUUGGUGGUCACCAGUGGUGUACAUACCAGGGUCGCAGGGGUCGCGGCGGCGACCGGGCCUGGCCCACCAGGGGGCCCGGCCGCCCCUGCGACCCGGUAUAUACCCACAGGGCCAGCCUCUUCUCCUAGGAGGCCCACAAGGCGGCCACCUUAGGGCCCCCCAGGCUGGCCCUGCUAACCCCGGCGGGCGGGGGCGCGCAAGGGACCACUUCAUUGAGCUGAUGUGAUCUGUGUGUCUGUAGUGGUCCUUUAAGUGUGUGUGCAUACCGCGUUCGUGGGGUCGCAGCCCUGCAACCCCUGCGACCAGGUGCCCGCUGCCAUGUGUUGCGGCCCUGACCUGCGCCGAGUAAGCGCUGGGGCCCACGGAUCAAUUUUCGCACCGGGGUCCCAUGGGUCAUGUGUAUGCCACUGGUGGUCACAAUCCCUCUGAAGAAGAAGAAGUGAGGAAAACUUAAUAAGACAAUCAGAUGCAUAAAAGGACUCUGGAUGUCAUAGUUUAUGAUGUUGGUUGCUUGGAAUAUUAAGGUGGAUCCUCAAGGUGUAAAGUGACUCUAAUACCCCCGUGUGCCUAAUCACAAUGCCUGUCUGGUCAAACACCAGCCAUAGCAAAAAGCUGCAACUUUUCCAUAUCUCUCAAAGAUAAAUUAUUAAUUGCAUUUCAGAACUGUCCUGUAGAGUGGUGAAUUAAUGGCUUUUCCAUUUAAAAAGCUUUAUGGAAAUAUUAAUGUGGUUUUUAGGUUUCAAUAAUAAAAUCUAUAUAUUUAUAUGUCUUUUAAUUUGAGGGAAAAUGCUAGUAGAAUUGUGAGUGAAAAACGUACAUGCAGGAACAAGCACACAGUCUAUCAAAAGAUAGCAGUCACCAUGAUCUGCUAUAAAACAGUUUGACAGAUUAAAUAUUUACCCAUACAUCAAAAGUAGCUUUGUGUGCUAUGGUCAUUUCAUUUUCAUCACAUGAAGUGUACUACUGAUGUCUACAUCUGCUACUAGAGUGGAGCUAACAAACACUCAUACAGAUCUUUGUAAAAAGAUGCUGAUAAUGGAUUAACAGUGCGUACACUCCAGCAAACAUCUUAAUUAGUUGAUUUUGUAAAUCAUGUUAUAAUAGGUAAUGAUAUUAACACACAAUUGUCAUUGUGAACAUUGUACACAUUAAAGGGAAUCUCCAGUGCCAGGAAAACAAUUUGUUUUCCUGGCACUGCAGGUCCCCUCUCCCUCCCACCUCCCAAUCCCUGAUUGCUGAAGGGGUGAAAACCCCUUCAGUCACUUACCAGAGGCAGUGACAUGUCCCACGUCGCUGCUUCUUCCUCCACCGCUCCUCCUCUGCAUUACGUCGGCCGGCCGGGGAGACCUAAGGCGCAUGCGCGGCAAUGCUGCACAUGCGCAUUAGGGCUUCCCAUAGGGAAGCAUUGAAAAUGCUUUUCAAUGCUUUCCUAUGGAGAAUUGAGCUACGCUGGAGGUCCUCACACAGCGUGAGGACAUCCAGCGACGCUCUAGCACAGGUUUUCUCUGCUAUAGAGCAGGAUGUGCCCUCUAGUGGCUGUCUAGUAGACAGCCCAUAGAGGUGGAGUUAACCCUGCAAGGUAAUUAUUGCAGUUUAUAAAAAAAACUGCAAUAAUUACACUUGCAGGGUUAAGAGUAGUGGGAGUUGGCACCCAGACCACUACAAUAGGCAGAAGUAGUCUGGGUGCCUGGAGUGUCCCUUUAAUGUCAUCUAUGAAUUGUCCACAGUGGUAAUUAGCUAUGGUCUGAUUGGAGAAAAGAUACAAAUGUGUUGCAGAACUUUAACUCCCAAGACAGAACAUGACACCACACAUAGAUAUACAUAAUUUAGAAAUGUAUGAAGGUGUAAUUGAUUUUAUGCAUUUUACAAUGUCUAUUGUGUGAUAUGCAUUGAACUAUUGUAUUAAAGUAUGUUGAAAGGAUUCAUUUUAACCGUAAGACACUUUUUAAACUUUAACUUGAUUAUCCACGUAACACCCAAUAAUUCACCAGAUCCAAAUGCAAAAUCCAUGUUUAUCACACAAGAUAAACCUAUUCGCACGCAAAUCAAGAUGAUACAUAAUUUAUUUGUUUGCGAUGGAUUGCGAGCAAUGACCAUCUAACCAAUCUUUCAUCAAGUGAUAACUAUAAAGUAUGUAACAAAAGAUAAUUUUAGUUUGUUUUGAGUCUUCCUAUUUUUAUUCAAAAUUAAAAGACCCAGAAAUAACCUGGGGGGUGUGGGGUGGGAGAGGGUGCACUAGAGACAAACCUGUGUGGAAUACCAAAAAUCUAGAGUACUGGUGGGGUGCUAUUUACAUACCUACUUCAUAAUUAAAAUGUAUUUCCCCAGUGGCCACUUUAAAAUCAUAAUGCUGAUUUGAUAAUAUAUGCAAGCUACACAAAUGACUCCAUGUUAAUCAAUGUAACGACAAAUAAGUACUAAUAAGUAACUAAACUACAUUAAAAGUAUAUGAAUUUUCCAGAAAUACACACACUGCAAUAUUCUGAUGGCACAUAAAUGGUUAAACAUGUGUCAUUCAUUCACAGAAGCAGUUUAUUAUAAAAAGGACAAUAGCAGGUUAGCUGCCAAAAUGCACCCACCAUGGAUGGUUUUUCCAUGAGAAGAUGAACAGCAGUGCCUGCAGCAGCCUCAGUAGCAACUUCAGCACUACCAGCAAGGAACUGUGGUGCAUGGGAGACCAGGUCAGGUUAGAGGCGGACAACGAUAUCCUUAUUGUCUUCCUCAACAGCAAAUACAGUGGGACUCUAUGAUCCUACGUCAGAGUGUUUUGCGUCAGACAUUGAAGGAUCCGGAGCUACAUAAGAAGCAUCACUUAGCACAUGCAAGCAUCCUUGCUUUGUGCAACCUACUCAAGGAUGACUUGGAAUUGUGGUCUCAGGCUAAUAGAGCUAAGCUAGUACUCUGUUUGAGCUGAUAAUAUUUUUGGAGUCUACUAGCUUCUAAAGGAACCUCUGACUGUGUUUGGGAUGGUACAAUCCACCUGUCCAAAGGUGCUUUUUAUCUUCCUGGCUGCCAUAAGGACCUACUGCCCGAUGUUUAUAUCAUUUUCUCCAAUACAUGCUGGGAAAAGCCCUGCCAUGCUACUACUUGGAGGCCUAGGUGACUCUAGGGAUGCAAAUAUAGAUUAUUCUGCUACUUUAGACAUUGUGUCACCAAUUGCAGCAUUCGUGGGUUAAGAAAAAAUUAAUUUGCCUUCUGGGUGGUGAAUCAGAAGUAACAGGUAUGUUGAGCUUGAAUGCUAUUAAUGGUGUUGGUGGCAGGGCUAGCAGAUGUGUUGCUACUUAUGGCAGUACUUAUGGUGUCUGUGUCCAGGGCAGCAGAAGUGUCAGCAGACAUAUUUCCCUAACAAAUAAAUGACUUUGAGAGGCCAUGGUACGCCUGCUGAUGGUGGCUUGGGGAAAACAACACCCUCCCUUUCUCAAUUUCUUCUUUGGAUUACUACCUACUAUUGAUUUUAUUUAUUAAAAUAAAUUAGGAUAUGAAUGUGUACUGUGUAAACUAACAACUUUUUAAAGCCAAAAUAGAUGCUUGUGUUGAAAAAUGAGUUGCUGCUUGGGGGAUUUAGUACUACUGUGAUGCUAAUGCGUUUGAAACACUACACUGCACACAGUGCUUGAACAGCACAUACUGGAUUUUCUUUCUAAAAAGAGUUAAAAAUAAAGACCUACCACAUUAAGUGCAGAUUUCACUUGUGCAGUAAACUACCACAAACUGUAUGGCAAUCUGCAAAAACACAAGCAUACUUGAAAUCCAAUAAUCUGUCUCUCAAAAGAAACAAAACCCACAAAUCAGUAAAACAAUAACCUAUGUCAGUAAUUAAAAAUUGGUCUAGGUUUGGCAGUUUGGCACCCUCAGAGGCUGACUAGACACAGCAGUAACCUAAUCACCUCAUUAGUUUGACUAGGAUCAAUAACACAGGCUUCCUUCCACUCCCACACAGACACAGCAAGGGUAAAACCAGGCAACUCCUGCCUGCUGGUCUGACUGAAAAGCUGAAGUGUCCAAAUGUCUAGAACAGUGGUUCCCAACCCAGUCCUCAGGUACCCCCUACCAGUCCAGGAUUUAAUGAUUACUCAGGUGUGACUAAGGUGUUUAAAAAAAAAAAAACACCUUGAACACAACAGGGUAAUCACUAAAUCCUUGACUGGUAGGUGGUACUUGAGGACUGGGUUGGGAACCACUGGUCUAAAGAACCCUAUUUUGAUUUGAAUUCCUGACACAGCAGUAUUUCUCUAAGAGUCAGAGGAGGCUCUAAUCUAGACUUUAUGAGGCCUUAGGCGAAACUCAAACAUAAGGCCCCCACUAACAACCAAAGUGAAAAAAUAAUAGGGUUGGAUUUCGUGUGUGUGAGUGUAAGGAGCAGUUGCUAUUUAAAAGGCGGGCUUGCACCGUUAAAUACAGAGAGUUAGUCUCUGCAGUCAUUGUUCAGAAGCUUGCAUUGUCGCAGCUUCCUGUGCCUCUUUAUUGUGAGCUCUCUGGCUGUAGUUGUAGCAUAAUUUGCAAAUAAAAUUAAUUUGCAAUAAAUACAUUUAAUUUGCAAGUAUGCCAGGUGAGGGAGGUUUGUGAUGGUGUGUGUGGCAGGGGGUUAUAUUGUGAUGGAGGGAGAUGGUGUGUAAGAGGGGGUGAUGGUGUGUGGGAGGGGGUAAUACUGUGAGGAAGGGAGAUGGUGUGUAGGAGGGGGUGAUGGUGUGAAGGAGAAGGGUGAUACUUUGAGUGAGGGGGGUGAUACUGUGAGGGAGGGGAGUAAUACUGUGAGGGAAGGGGGUAAUACUGUGGGUGGGAAUACUGUGAGGGAAGGGGUAAUACUUUGGGGAUACUGGGAGGGAGGGGGCUAUACUGGAAGGGAUGAUACUGGGAGGGGGUAAUAUUGUAAGGGGGGAUACUGAGAUGGAGGGAGUAAUACUGUGAAGGGGAUACUGGGAGGGAGGGGUGAUGGUGAGAGGGAGAAAGGAUGCUGUGAGGGAAGGAGGUAAUACUGUGCGGGUGAGGUACUGGGAAGGAGGGGUAAUACUGUGAGGGGGAUACUGGGAGGGAGGGGGUGAAGUUGUUAGGGAGAGGGUAUACUGGGAGGGAGUGAAAUAGUGAGAGAGGGGGUAAAAGUGGGAUGGAAGGGGUUGAUGGUGUGAAAGAGGGGGUACUAGGAGGGGUUGAAGUUGUGAGGGAGGGGGGUGAUAGUGUGAAAGAGGGGGAAUACUGGAAGGGAGGGAGGGGGUGAAAUUGUGAGGGAGAAGGUGAAAGUAGGAGGGAGGGGAUUGAAGGUGUAAAAGAGGGGGGAUAAUGGGAGGGGGUGAAGUUGUGAGUGAGGGGGCAUACAGGAGGAAGGGGUGAAAUUGGAGGGGGUGAAAAGGAGGGAUGGGGUGAUGGUGUGUAAGAGGGGGAUACUGGGAGGGGGUGAAGUUGUUAGGGGGGAUACUGGGAGGGGGUAUACUGGGAGGGGUGAGGUUUUGAGGGAUGGGGUGAUAGUGUGAAAUAGGAGGAUACUGGGAGGGAGGUGUGAGGUUUUUAGGGAGGGUGUGAUAAUGUGAAAUAGAGGGAUACUGAGAGGGAGGGGUGAAAGUGGGAGGGAGAGAGGUGAUGGUGUAAAAAAGGAGGGAUACUGGGAGGAGGUGAAUUUGUGAGGGAAGGGGUAUACUGGGAGGGAGGGGUGAAAUUGUGAGGAAGGGGGUGACAGUGGGAGGGAGGGAGGGAGGGUGAUGGUGUGGAGAGGGGUUACUGGGAGGGGGUAAAAGUUGUGAUGGAUGGGGUAUACUGGGGGAAGGAGGAUGAAGUUGUGAGGUAGUGGAUGAAAAGACCUGGUGGUCCGGUGGCCAUGGACGCCGGUCUGCAGCUCCAUCACUCUGAUUGAUCAGAUCUUGUGAGACACAUGGUCUGCAGCUCUGCACACUGCGGAGCUGCAGACCGGCGGCACAGAGAAGCAGUCUUUCCUAAGGUGGUUAAGGCGGCUGCGAGGCCCCAUCCAGCGCAAGGCGUUAGGCAGCCACCUAAACCGCCUAAUUAAAGAGCCACCUCUGCUAAGAGUUAUAAGAUCAGUGUUCUCUUUGGCAACUGAUUGACUAAAGCCUGAAUUAUGACACUGCAUCUAUGAUUGUAUUUUACUGUAACUGCUCAUUAAUGGCUAACAUUUUUUUUUAACAUUUACUUCACUUGUGUAUUACAAUGUAAAUAGUGUAUAUAAUAUUACAAUUUUUGUUUACUGUUGAAGUGUAAGCACCCCAGUUUAGAAUGUUAUUUUAAAAAAAAGUCCAGUUUCUUUCCAUUAACCCCUUAAGGACACAUGACGGAAAUAUUGCGUCAUGAUUCCCUUUUAUUCCAGAAGUUGUGUCCAUAAGGGGUUAAUGUCUACAAAGGUUCAAGUCCUGGAUAUCUCUGGUAAUAUCCACCUACUAACUAGCCACUGUAUCCCCCAGUGGAUAAUCUUUUUGGUGGAUUAUUUUUUGAGGGUGUUUUUUACCCUGGAGAAGUCCUUUAUAGAACGUCCAUAAUAAUUUGCAAAACCAGACCAAUGGAUAGUAACCAGUUUAAUACAGCAGCUAACUGAAGCAGAUCCUUUUUGAUCAAUUCUUCUAACAUUACAUAACCCAAAAACAGAAUUUGGGCCUGAUCAAACAUACAUUUCUCCAACUUGCAAAAGAGAUAAUUUUGCAAUAAAGUUUUCAAGAUUUGUCUUACAUGCAUGUGAUGCGUUUGAAAGGCUGGCGAAUUAACCCAGAUAUCAUCAAGGUAUACGAUAAUGAAUAAUUGUAAAUGUUCUCUGAGGACAUCAUUAAUAAGGUCUUGAAAGGCAUUCGGUGUGCAAAGGCCAAAUGGCAUGACAGUAUAUCUGUAGUGUCUGCUAUGUGUAAUAAAGGCUGUCUUCCAGUUGUGCCCUUGUUUUAAGCACCCUAAAUUGCACGCUCCCCUCCGGUUUAAUUUAGUGAACAGUGUAGACCCUUUCAACAUAUCAAUAGUUUAGUUAUCAAUGGUAUGUAGUGCACAUUUUUUAUUUUGAUGCUAUUAAGUAGCCUUGAUACAAGUAAGAAGCCAGGAGAGAAAGAGCAUCUGAUGGAGCAUUUAUUAAAGGACCACUAUAGUGCCAGGAAAACAUACUCGUUUUCCUGGCACUAUAGUGCCCUGAGGGUGCCCCCACCCUCAGGGAUCCCCUCCCGCCAGGGCUCUGGGAGAGGAAAGGGGUAAAACUUACCUUUAUUCCAGCGCCGGGCAGGGAGCUCUCGCCUCCGAUCCUCCCAUUCGGCUGAAUGCGCAUGCGCGGCAAGAGCUGCGAGGGCAUUCAGCCGGUCUCAUAGGAAAGUAUUCAUAAUGCUUUCCUAUGGACGCUUGCGUGUUCUCACUGUGAUUUUCACAGUGAGAAUCACGCAAGCGCCUCUAGCGGCUGUCAAUGAGACAGCCACUAGAGGAUUUGGAGGAUGGAUUAACCCAUUUAUAAACAUAGCAAUUUCUCUGAAACUGCUAUGUUUAUUAAAAAAAGGGUUAAUCUUAGAGGGACCUAGCACCCAGACCACUUCAUUAAGCUGAAGUGGUCUGGGUGCCUAGAGUGGUCCUUUAAGGCUUCUCCAAUAUAUUCUUCCAUUAUCUGGUUUUCAGAAGCGAUAAGGGAUAAAAUCUCCAAUUAGAGAGCAUAAUGCCAGGCAAAAGAUCGAUAUUACAGUCAUAAGGUAUAUAUUGUGCAGGUGUAAAGUGCACAAAUGUGCAUAGCAUUUUCCACGAACUUUCCCACGCUGUGUAAAAUGACAAGAGUACUCUGAUUGGUUGGAUUUCAAGCCAACCAAUCAGAGUGCUGUGACAGGUAAAUGUAGAGACUUACUUGUCAGUCUCUUCAUUUACCUUUCAGAGUAAUCUGGUUGGUUGGCUUAAACCAACCAAUCAGAGCGCUCUGAGCCUAGUUGCAGGGUGUGGGAAGGCUUUAUAAGCCUUUUCCCACCCUGCAGAGCCCUGCCCUCCAGGGGUGAAGAUGGAUUAUUUUUUUACUGUCUGGAUUUUUAUUUUUUUAUUAUUAGUUAGACGAGUAUUAUGGAUUUUUAUUUGGCCUUUUAUGGGGCUGAAAAAAGAAGGUUUUUAGAAAAAAAAGACAUCAAAUAGAAAGUUUGUUUUGUUUACAAGUAUUUAGUUUUAUUGUUCCCCCCUAACCAUUUUUAGGGUGAGAGGGGUACGUAGGAUUUUUUUGUGUGUGUGUGUGGGGCUAGGGGCUUGGGGACUCCUAGUCACCUGAGUGGGUUACAUUUAGCCCCCAUCCGCCGCCCAAGGUUGGGGGCCUGGGGGAGGACAAUAGGUCCUCCCUAUUGUCAUUUAAAGCCCCCACCUGUUGCCAGUGGUGUAUCCUGGUUUUGUGCUGCCCUAGGCAGGACAAAACUCAGGCACCCCCCCCGCGCCACCCCCACCCGCGCAACCGCCACCCAACCUUCCCCCCUGCUCCGCCUUCUAAAUACACACACACACAUUCACUGACAGAUACGCAUUCACUAGCUAACAGAAACACACAGUCACUAACAGACACACACUCACACACUCACAGGCAAACACACACACACACACUAACAGGCAAACACACACACUAACAGACAUCCACACUAACAGACAUCCACACUAACAGACACACACACACUAACACUAACAUACAUACACUAACAUUAACAUACACACUAACACUAACAGACACACACUCACACACUCACUAACAGACACACACACUAACAGACAUCCACACUAACAGACACACACACACACUAACACUAACAUACAUACACUAACAUUAACAUACACACUAACACUAACAGACACACACACUAACACUAACAUACACACACACUAACACUAACAUACACACACACACUAACAUACACACACUCACUAACAUACACACACUAUCAUACACACACUGACAGACAUCCACACACACACACUAACAUACACACACUAACACUAACAUACACACUAACACUAACAGACACACACACUAACACACACACACUAACAGACACACACUAACAUACACACUAACAGACAUCCACACACACACUAGCAGACAUACACACACUCACUAGUGUUUUUUUUUAUUUAACCCCCCCCCAGCCUCCUUACCUUUGGUAAUGCUGGGGGGGGUUCUUCCUCUCCCUGGGGUCCAGUGGCUGCAGGGCGGGCGAGCGGCCGGCGAGGGAGCUCUUCCCCUGAGCGCUCUGCUCAGCUCCCUCGCGCGCCGCCAGCAGAGUGAGGCUGGGAGCCGGAAUAUGACGCCAUCAACCCGGCUCCCGGCCUCACUCUGCUGGCGGCGCGCGAGGGAGCUGAGCGGAGCGCUCAGGGGAAGAGCUCCCUCGCCGGCCGCCCGCCCAGCGCUGCAGCCACUGCCGCCCAGCGCCCAGAAUGUCUGUUAGCCGCGAGGCUAACAAGACAUUUGCCUUGGGCAUUUGGGGGGCGGCGUUUUUUGCCGCCCCCUGAAAAAUGCCGCCCAAGGCAAAUGCCUUGUUUGCCUCGCGGCUAAUACGUCCCUGCCUGUUGCCCAUGGGUUGGGACUGGGGUGGAGGUCCACCCUCCAUUUUCAUUUAGGCCCCCCACCCACCGAUCAUGGGUGGGGGCAGUGGGGGAGGAUAAUAGGUCCCCCUUUAUUGUAAUUUAGGUCCCCCCGCCGCUUUUAUUUUUACAUAUAACAAGGAGGGAGCUGCAUGCAGAUGGCUCCCUCCUUGUAAUAAACCAAACAAACAAACGAAGAGUUCUUCAUUCAUUCAUUUUAAAUUUCUAUUCAUUUAUUCGUCUUUCUGACAAAUGAAUGAAUAGAUGAAAUUCCCAUUCGCAUGCCCAAGUGUUUAACUGGGCAUGCACGGGAAUUUCACAGCGCUAUCUAGUGUGGACAGAUGACGUGUCCCAUAGGGACUUCAACUACCCACACAAAGAUGGCGGCUCCCAGGACCUAGGUCCAGGCAGAAAAUAAAGAUGAACAAAUAGGUAAUAUGAUGGGCUUAAGGACAUUUUGGGGUAACUAGGGGGACAAUACAAUGUAGUAGAGUCGGGAGGAGUUUAAAAAAACGGGAUUCGGCCAUGACAGUGCCGCUUUAAUUUGGGCAUUUUGAGAUGGAUAGUCCUAAAUAAGUAAGUAUAGGUUUAAUUUAAUUUGGAAAAGAUUGAUUUUUUUUUUUUUUUUUUUAUGACACUGUUUCAAUCUCUGAGCUGUCUGAAAAUUACAUAGUUGUGGAAUGUGUGACAAUAUUUCAGGUGAUUUAUUGGAUAUUUUUCUGGUGAGGAUUGGAUAUUUUUGAAAUUAUAUAUUGUCUCUUUGGGUUUUUCAAAAAUCUAGAGCAGUAGACCAAAAAGUGAAGACAUGGGUAAACGAGUACUGCAACUGAUCAUGGGGAAGGAACAAACCAUGAACUGUUCAGAUUGGUAAUGGAGCAGACAAAUUGGAUAUUAUUAGAAUAAAUUGUAUUCUUACUUUGGGGUGAAAUUGCAUGUAGCAUGAAUGACCGCUAGUUCCUACUGAAAAUGGAUGUGGAGCAUUGGUGCCAUUUUUAGUAUAGUGUGGGAACUAGAAUGUGUUGUUAUUGAUUAAUGUACCUGUUUGAUAAGGUGAGUGUCCAUAACAUGGUGUAUGAGUCCCCUGUGAUGUGGCUGUUGUCACUUUGUUUAUGUAAAUAUAUUUUGAGUUAUGUGUUUAUUCACCAAUACAAGUGUUAAAUUCUGUUGGUACGAUACUAUCAGUGUUAGUAUGCAUGCAUGGGGUUAAUUUUAUCGCAAGAUAGAAGGCUUCAUAUUUUGCUUAUUCUUCUUUACUGAAACCUCCUAGCAGCAAAGAAAGAGUUAACAAUGUGGAUAAAAAAUCAACCAAUCAGAAUGUAUAUCAGUAAUAUAUAGUGCAAUCAGACUCCUCCCACUUCCUCUUUCUCUGCUGUUUGCCUCCCAGGUGAGUCUAUUCUGAUUAUACUGCCUUCAGGUUUUUAUUUAAAAUACCUUUUAACUUGUUAUAGUUUCCUUUUAUUAUAUAUUUUUUAUUUGUUACACAUCUUUGAUUUCUAUUCCUUGCAUUACUUGUCUAAAGGGGUUUGCUUUGUUAUCUUUUAACUUUCAACUGUGUGGCACAUUGUGUUCAUCUUACAACCCCUCUUCAUGCCCCUUCGGGCCACCUUUCUUGUCUUUUAUGUCUGACCUCACAAUCCAGUCUCCUGUCCUACCAUUGCCUAUUGAAUUAGAUAGCUACUCACGCUUGCCGGUGUUCUAUCAGUCUGGUAUACUCCGUCAGAUUGCUAUACCCACGUCACUUCCGGGGAGGAGAAUCAGCUGUCUCCUGUGCUGCACAUGCGUGCUAGCACUCCUGCUACUCCUCCACAGCAAGGUCCUGGAAG